AUGGCCCCUGCAGUUGAUAGUCGCCUUGCAAUUCUCGCUGUCUUACCUGCUUCCUUUGUUGUCAUCACAUACCUCAAGCGGUUCAUUAGGAAUAGACGAAACAAGCCUCAUCUUCUCCCUGGCCCAGUGCCGCUCCCACUGUUAGGAAACGUCUUAUCUAUCAACACCAAGGAGCCUUGGUUGACUUAUACCGAAUGGGCUGCUACUUAUGGAGACUUGCUUUUCGUGCGACUUCUAGGCCAGGAAGUCGUGGUGAUCAAUUCCCAGCAUGUUGCGGAAGCUUUGCUGGACAAGCGUGCUCGCAUUUACUGCGAUCGACCAUACCUAGCUACACUUAAGCCGUAUGGUUGGUCGGUCAACUUUGGAUUCGCAAACUAUAGUGACGAAUGGCGUCUUUGCCGAAGACUCUUUCACCAAACUUUCCGUCCCGAAUCCGCGCUCAAGUUCCGUCCAAUGCAGAUCAAGCGGGCUCAUGAGAUGAUCGUCAAUCUAAUCGAUGACCCUCAACAUUAUCAUUCUCACUUUGCAACAUUCUCGUCAUCAGUCGCGAUGUCGGUGAUAUAUGACUACCAAACCAGUCCUCGUGAUGAUCCUCUGGUUCGAAUCGUAGAAGAUGCGGUAGCUAUUGGCUUUCAGGUGGUAACCCCAGAGAGAGCGAUCUUACUCAAAACCUUCCCCUUCUUACUGAAGUUACCUGACUGGUGUUGGGGAUCCUCGAUCAAACGCGAGGCUCAAGCUUCGACCAAUCACAUGACUGAAAUGACGGAGAUGCCAUUUCUAUAUACGAAGCAGCAUAUGGCCGAAAACUUGGCCCUUGGUCAGUUUUCGAUGGUGGCAGAAAAUCUUCAAAGAAUCGAGAAGCAAGAACAGAUAUCCAGACCAUUGUUUGAGGAUGCCUUAAAGAAAGCAGCUACUACUGGUAUUAUAGGUUCAUACGAGACAACUACUUCAGUCUUGAUGGCUUUUGCUCUCGCCAUGGUGUUUUACCCAAAUGUUCAAAAACGCGCACAAGCGGAGAUAGACUCAGUGGUUGGCCGGGAUCGCUUACCUACCUUUGAAGACAGGGCGUCACUACCAUACGUUGAAUCAGUACUGCGGGAGACUUUGCGAUGGCAGCCUGUCGGACCUUUUGUACCACGUGCCACCUCGAGUGAUGAUAUAUAUGACGGUUACUUCAUUCCAAAAGGAACGGUUGUUCUAUGCAACCUAUGGGGCAUCUCACGGGAUGAAAAGCGGUACCCCAACGCAUCUGUGUUUAUACCGGAGAGGUUCAUGGACGCCGAUGGUGCGCUGACGGAUGAUAACCCAGCUGAAUAUAUGUUUGGCUUUGGCCGACGUAGAUGUCCAGGACGGCAUGCUGCUGAUGCCUCUAUAUGGUCUGCUAUCGUUACUAUGCUGGCCACGGUGGAAUUUUCUUUUGCCAAAGAUAGCCAAGGCAAAGUGAUUGAAUUCACUCCCCAAUUCACGACGGGAUUCAUUCAGUACUUGUUUUUAUUUGUCAGUUCAUCCCGUCACUAA